AUGACCAGCUGGCGCCGCAUCUUCGACUCGCCUAUGGUCGAAAACUACACUAACAAGGCUGAACCAGCGGACCAAGAAGCGAGCCAAGGGCCGUGCGGCGCCGUGUGGUUCCGGCGGCUGGGAGUGUUUGACGCACCCGGCUUCACGUAUACGGUGCUGGCCCUGCUCGCACAGACGCAAGUGCGCUGGUGGCGACGUGUGUUCUGCGGACCGUUGUUCACGGAGGCGGGUUCAGUCAACCUGGCGCGUGUGCCGAGCAAUGGGUUCCUGCAGGUGCUGGCGGGACGUGUGGCGUCGGGACGGAGUUACGCGAGUGUGCUGCGAUGUGCCCAACACCUGUUGGCGCCGCUGGAGGAGCCUAAGACCUUCCGUAUGGCCCGUUGGCGCGAGGAAGUUUCGGAGGGUGCCGCUUCCUCCUCCCCGGCGGCGGCAGCGGGAGACGAGUGGAGUGGAAUGCUUGCGCAGUUGCUCGUGGACAUGGGUUUCUCGCAGCCACACGCACAGCGCGCUGUGCGUGCUACCUACGGUGCUGGUAUCGAGGAGGCCGCCGACUGGGCACUCAAGUACGCCGAUCCUUUCGCAGAGGGGAAGGCGGCGGAGCAGGGGGUAGAGGAGACACAGCCUGCCAGACCCCCGGCUCGCGACGCUUUCGGCGCCUGGCUAACGGCCGCCGACGUGGACGCCUGUCGCGGCAAACACGGCUCCGAGUUCUUCACGCGCCUCGCCAACACCAGCAUGGCGCCCGCCGGCCUCAUAGCGCACCGGCGUGCGGUCCAGCGCCAAGGAGGUCGCACGCCGUCGAACCACGCCCUUCUGCUCAAGUGGCUCGAGGUUAACGACACCGACCCCGACCAACUCGAACAGGCGAAUGGUGCACAGGCAACUGAUGGACAGACAACAGCACCCGCGGUGACCCCCAGCGGAGAGACUGAGAUCGCGGCGGAAGAGGCAGCGGUAGCGCUGCCGAUGGUGGCGUACCGGUCAGCUGCGGCGUGGCGUGUGUUGGCGUUGGCACACGCGUCGGAGAGUUUGCCGCUGCUGUGGCACACGUACGGAACGAACGUGGCGCGGCGCGGGUUGCUGGGCACGACGGUGGUCUCGCACUAUGAGGCCACGCGAAUGGUGCUGGACGCCGUGCCGUGGCAGACAGGGUUGAUUGCGCAGCUGCGUGCGGUCCUUGCCUUCGCCAAAGGCGCGCAAGGCUGGCUGCUCGGCCUACCCGAACAACUGCUGCCCUCCGCCGGCUUUAGUCCACGGAUCGGUGCGAACUUUUACGGCUUUCUCACCUGCGAGAACCGUGAGGUGCGGCGCCGCCAACUUGCGAGUUUGCUCCAACAAGACGAACGACGCGAACGUGCUCUUCACGCAGCCGCCGAAUACAUCCGGAACAGGACGCAGACCGCAGCCGAAGGAUCGGGUACGGCAUCGGAAUCGGGACAGAUAGGGAACCAGUAUGUGCUGCAGCGGUUGGCGACCUCGAGUUACGUGCAGGGCCUCUUUACGGGGUGUGUGGACAUGUUGGUGGGCACGAAGGCGGCGGCGGAUUCGCGGUUGGUGUACGAAGUCGUCGCGGUGGCCGUGGAGGCACGGAAGCAGUUUGUGCAAUUCGUGUACGAACGACAUCCCGAGCUGUUCCAGGAAAGCUUCGUCUACCCCGCUGGCGACGGCGUCGGCGUGCCCGCCUGGGCGCUGCUGCCCGACCCUUUCUCACCGGCUUUCGGCCUCAGCGUCGAGGAGGACCGGCCCGGCCCCUACUCCAGCAGCGAGAAGACCAAGCGGCGCCAACCCAGUGGCGUCUACGGCUCCGCCGCCGCCUUCCAGAUGCCACCUGCCUGGGUAGCCAGCGCCUCUUGGCUCGCCGGUGCGCUCAAGGUUCUCGGCGACUGGUCGGCACCCGGCAAGAAACCCGCCCCCACCGAGGCCACGACCGUGACGGAGACCGCGAAGGCGGAGAUGAAGCCGGCUGCGGAAGCGAGGCCCGAGACGGCUGCGGAGGCGAAGCCCGAGACGGCUGAGGAGGCGAAGCCCGAGACGGCUGCGGAGACGAAACCCGAGACGGCUGCGGAGACGAAACCCGAGACGGCUGCGGAGGCGAAGCCGCAGAAGGAGGUGUUGAACUUGCUGUUGGACAUCGCGAGUGUGAUGAGUGGGAUGUGGCCGGCCGAGGCGCGACUGCUAAUGGCGGCGCUGGUCCCGCUGGUGCGCAUUUGUCGGCUCAGCGGCGCUUUGUUGAGCCAUCGCGUGCUGGCGCACCCGGGAGUUGCACCGGCCCAGCUGCUCGGAGGCGCGCCCUCGGGACUUCACCUGCCCGUGGAGCUCGCGUUCCUGCCCAAGGGCCUGGGCGCAUUGCUGCGGCUUCCCAAGAACGCGGACUCGGUCAUGUUCGCCCAGGACCUCGCCCACUGCAUCCGCUUCGCCGCUGAGGACGCCAAACUUGUAACCGAAGAAAUGAAGAACGCCGUGCUCAAGGCCUUCCUCACCGCGGGUGCCGAAAUGGACCUCGGCAACGGCGCCAAGACGCUGGUGCUGCCCGUCCCGGAACUGACCCGCUUGUGUGCCGCCGCGCUCGGUCGUUCACAGCCGCUCUUCGAAGGCGUGCUGGCCGCCAUGUGUGUGCUCCGUAAGGAGAAACCCGCGGCGACCGAACCCGAGGGGCUCGGGUCGGUGACAGAGGGGCAGCCGCAAGACGGGCAGCCGCAAGAGGCCUCGCCCGCGGCUGACGCCGCGGCUACGGCCGCGGGGCCGGGGCUGCGUGCGGACGAGGUCGUGUUGGUCCAGUUGGCGCCGGCGGAAGUGCGAGAGGCGCGGCUGGCGCGGUUUCUGGCGGGGCGUUCGUCGAGCCACGGUUGGCAGAUCGUGACGUUGUUGUUGCAGCACCUGCGUCUGUUUUCUUCGGUGCACGCGGUGUGUUACAAGAUGCCGCUGGUGGCGCUGAAGAAUGCGGCGCGGUUUCUCUGGGUCGACCAACCGGAGGGCGGCGGAGAGUACCGAUUCCCGCCGUUCGAGGCGGCGGUUGGCUUGCCGGCGGAGGAGGUGCUGACGGUGGGCGAUUUUCUGGAGAGUGUGCGCGAGCGUGCGACAUGCGGACGUGUUGCGAAGCGCGGGUUCCUCUACCCGUUUUGCAUGAGUUGCGACUCGACGUUGAUGGUCUUAUGGGAGUUGUUCUGUCGGCAGCCGGAGUUGCAUGCGGCACUGACUAAGACGCCGCCGCCGCAGGUUUUGGCGGACGCCUCGCCGGGGCUGCAGAAGGCGCUGGUGCGCACUAGCUCGGCUUCGAACCCGGGUGUGGUCGAUCCUGGUUGCCUCGAGUGGCCGGCGAGUAUGAGCGCUGGCAAUUUGUACCGCCAGCUGCUGCGCGACUGCUGUCCGCGGCUGCUCGCCCUCGCCCUCCCGCCCUUCUGCGACGGAGUGCACGCCUGCAACCGACUCGGACCCUCCGAGACGCUGGUGCAGAACGUCGCACUCUCCGCGACCGUGUCCGCCGCACAACUCCAGACGCUCGGCCCCGAGGCCGGACUGCUCUUCAAGCUUGCCGCGCUCCUCGUGCUCCUGUCCAAGCAGAACCUCGACCUGCGCCGCAAACUCUCCACCGAGUGUCUCGGCUACGUGCGCGCUCUGCUUCACGCGCGCGGCAAACGGCCGCGCGAAACGGACACGGAGCUGCAGGCGGAGACGCCACAGGCUGAGACCGCGGAAGCGGAAGACCGGCUAGUGGUGUUAGCUUUCUUCAGCGGCGUUCUGCUGCACGGACUGCUCGCGCUGCCCACUCCGGUCGCGCUAGUGGAUGAGACCGAACAGGUUGUGAGCCAGGCGCUGUUCUCGGCGGCCGAGCGCCAGUUCCUGCGUACAGCUGGCGCCAAGUUGCUCAGCCGUCUGGAUUUGCGCCGCGGCGACACAACCUUCGUCGCGCAGGUCUGGACCUGGGCGCUGGCCCUGCUCUGCAGUCCGCAGGCGCUGGACGUGGAGUGCAAGGUCCCGCCGGCGCUGAAGGCCGCUGAACCGGAAACGGAGGCCGGGGCCAGUUCGGAUGCAGAGGCGGGGCAAGAGUCGUCGGACGAGGCGGUGGCGUUGAUGGCGGUGGAGGAGUCGGAGACGGAGUCUGAGUCGGAGGAGGUGUACUCGGAGGAGGGGUUGGACGAAUUUGGGUUGGACGAUGAGGGUGUGUUCGCUUGGGACGUGGAGGAAGAGGAGGAGGACGAGGAGGAGAUGGGUUUCUAUGCAGAGGAGGGCGAGAGCGGGGACGGUGAGUCGGAGUUGGGUCGUGAGGAGGAGGAGGAGGAGCCGCCAGCGCGGGUGGAGUUGCCGCACGAGGAGACGGCGUUGGAGGCCAUGUUUGAUUCUGCAGAGUUGUUGACCGAUGAGGAGGACGAGCUGGAUGAGGAGGGUGAAGAGGUGCCGCGUGUGCGUGACGAGGAGGGCGAGCUGGAGGCGGACGAGCCGGCUGGAGCAGGGUUGGAGGAGGAGGCGGAGCCGGUGGUGUGGCGUAGUGCACCGGCGACGGAGGUGGGGGGUGCGUGGUGGCGUUUCGCACGCGUGCGGCCCGCGAGUGGUUUGGCUGAGUAUGGGACGACGGCCGUGGGUGUAGCAACGCUAUGUUGUAGUGGACCCGCUGUCUUGCAGGAUCUCUGGCCCCAUCCGAAUCACUCUGUGUUGGUCGCUGAGAAGGAUUGGCGGACCGAGCCGGGUGUUCGUUUGCCCGAGGUCUUCGACGGAAGCGACUCGAUUCAAGACGCCCCCGCCUCCCUUUGGUGGCAGCAGGUUAAGGCUGCCGGCCACUGGCUGCCACCCACCUGCGAAGAUGACGCGCAACUUAGCCUACACCUCCUACGCAAGUGUGAGAAAGGACAAAUGAAAAUCAAGCACUGGCAACGCACUACACACGAACCGGCACGGAGCCAAGACAUGUUGUCCUUCGCGACCCUUCCCUGGAAAGAGAAACUCGACUACUACCACGCCGUCAAACAAGCCGAAGCUAAAGCACAACGAAACCAACACGGCGACGUAAAUACAAACGCGGACAGCAACGCGGACGCGGACGCGAGUGGCAAUUCGACUGGGAAUAGCGGUGGGAACGUCAUCGGAGACUUGACCGAGAACCCGGCCGAGAACUUGACCGAGACCCCAGUGGAGAACUUGACCGAGAACGCAGUGGAGGGUGAGAACCGCGCCCUGGAAGCCGCCACGGCCACUCAGCCGCCCCGCGGGCCCGAAACGGUCGCUGCGGCUGGACCUGAGGGACCAGGCACAGGGCCGGACCAAGGGCUGGACGAAGGGCCGGACCAAAGACCGGGCCAAGGGCCGGACGAAGGGCGAGGGCAAGGGCCGGAUGCAGAACCGGACCAAGGGCUGGAUGAAGGGCAAGGGGACCCGGCGGCGUUGUUGGCGGAGCCGGUGGAGACGAGUGUGACGUUGGAGAGCGACGCGUUCCGGUCAUUGGCCUUCGGUUUGGGCGUGACGGAGCGGCAGCUGGCGGUACUCCUUGAGCUGGACAUGCGAGUGGUGGAGUCGUUGCCCGAGGACCUGCAGGAAGAGGCGAUCGCGUCUACGUUAGAGCGUUUGACGGCAAGUCGCUUGGACUUGAUUCGCGCGGCGAACCUGGCUAUCUACGAGGCCUGGAAGGGCAGUGAAACCACAGAGGUGCCGGCAGAAGCGACCACCGAUAGGGGGGCGGUGGCGCCGUCGCGGUUGGUUUCGGAGGUGGCGAAUUUCCGCGUUUCAGCGCUGGCGGAGCUAGGUCGUUCGUUGGGUCCGGCGGAGGGGUUGUUGCAGUUGGCGACGGCGGGCGAGAGGCCGCAGUUGGUGUUUGCGAGUGCGACAGCCCGGGAGCCGAGUCGUGGCGACGGGAGUCUGCGUUUCCGCGCUAUUUCCGAACUCUGGCUGACCGUGUUGCCCGAGGAACUUACCGAGGCCGUGCGCCAGACCUUCCUCGCAGGUGCUGGGGGUUCAGGAGGUUUCGGCUUUGGCUUUGGAGGUGCGAGUAUGGGAACAGGUUUCGGUGGGAGCAUAUCGUCAGUGAUGGAUCGAAUUACGAACCUGUUGGUGACAUUGGGUGCGGAGCCGAGCCGGAUCGAGGUGACGCGGCCACGCGAGCAGACGGAGACGGUGCGCGAGACUGCGCCGUUGGUGCCGGUGGCGUUUCUCCGGGAGGGCGCGGCGGAGGUGCGAGCUCGUUUGUGUGUGCUGGAGCCGCGGGAGUGGCGGAAUGGGUUCCCGGCGGCGGGCGAGUCGGUGCUGGGUGGGCCGGGUGCGUUGGGAGGUGUGUUGCGGUUGUUGGAUGCACGUCGUCCGCCGAGUCGUAAGGCGCUGCACGCACUGUUCCAUGCGCUUUGUUGCGCCAGUGCUGAGGCCGCGCAAUUGCUCGUCGGCCACUUCACCGUCGUCCUCUGGUAUGCCGCACCCGACCUCUGGGACGGGCGCUGGGACUCGGUCCGUGGGUGGUCCGUCGGGGGUCCAGGUCGGUGGUCGACCGGCACCCAACUAACCGCCACCGCCGAUGACCGAACGACCUACGAGGCCGAAGAUCCCACGCCCGCUGCACAGGUCGCUGCCACCCGUGUUCUCGAACACCUACAGUCGCUCCUCGUCACCUGUCCAGCCGCCGUCGUCCACGUCUGCGCCACCGCCCUCCCGCACCCCGAAACCUUUGACCCAGUGCGCACCCAACAACUCUCCCGAAGACGCAGACUCGAACUCGCGCGCAAAGGCGAACCCACUGAAAGGAACGAGGAACAAGACCCCAGGGGCGAACAGGGAAGCAAGGAUGGACAAGACAGCAAGGAGGCGCAAGUCAGCAAGGAGGCGCAAGUCAGCAAGGAGGCGCAAGUCAGCAAGGAGGCGCAAGUCAGCAAGGAGGCACAAGACAGCAACGAGGCACAAGACAGCAACGAGGCAGAAGACAGCAAGGAGGCACAAGACAGCAAGGAGGCACAAGCCGGGGAAGGCGACGAGGACGUGAAAGGCGAACAAGACAAGGACAGGCUCCCUGUCACUCUUGUACGCGCGGGAACCGCACCUCUGGCUUCGAGCCAGGCUUCGAGCAAUGAUCGUUCCGGCAAGCAUUCCGAACGGUCUUCCACUGAGCGACCCGCCAAGAAAACGAGGCUGGAGGAACCGCCUGUCGCUGAGCCUACUCCUUCCGCCACCGCCCCUUCCGCGACGGCCCAUUCCGCGGCGACCCCCAAUCUGAUUCCGCCGUCGCGCCUCUUUGUGCAGAUGUUGCGCAGUGCGCGUUACUCCAGCAACAUGCUGCUCAAGACGCACCUGUGCAACACUGUAAACAUGCUUCUCUCCUCGCCGGACGAAGUCCGGACGGACCGGACGCUGAACGUUCUGACGGACGAAGAGCUGCAGUCUGUGGUCAUGGCCGCAUAUUUGCGGGAGAGGGGGCCGGUGCCGGAAGACAGGAGACUGUGGCUGCGGCUGACGAACACAUCUACACAGGGCCCCACUGCGUUGAUGGGUGCUGUGAACAGACUGUAUAAUACGUCGAAGCGGACGUUGAUUGAGCAAACGAUUUUCAAAGCGUUGGUGUGCGCGAUGCGGGAGGCGGUGGAUGCUUUGCGGGACACGUCUGAGUCGUUGGCGUUUGCGGACGACUUGGCGGCGGAGCGGCGGCGCGAGCCUAGGGGCGUGUUGCCGCCGUGGGCGUUGGCGGAGGCGGAUCAGGCGUUGGCGAAUUUGUUGAAGUUGUUGCAGGCGACGUGUGAGGCGACGUUGUCGCAGAGCGAGAAGAAUUUUGCAUUGUUGCCGGACACGGCGAAACGCGUGUUGGCGAUGGGUGAUGAGCGUGCGGCAGAGGCGAGUCCGGAGGCGGAGGUUCCGACGGCGGCGGCGGAGAGUCAGUUGACGCGGUUGGCUCCGUUGUUUGGACGGUUGGACGUGGCGUCUGGUUUGUGGGAGGCGUUGGCUGCGGUGUUUGCAGAAGUGUCUGCUGCAUAUCCGCAGUUGGUGAAUAAGCAGGUGACUGAGGACAGUGAGGCGGCGGCGACAGCGAGUCCGGUGGUUUUGCCAGCUCGGUUGGCUACGCGGCGAAGUGCGGCAGUUGCUCGGCCACCGGCGGUGGGGAGUAUGCCCGUAGUAUUGAGUCGAUUGGUGCCUGCGUUGGAGGCGUACGUGUUUGUGCACACAGUGUGUGUGGCGGCGGAGUUGCGACAGACUCACUUGCUGCCAGCCUUUUUCCAGGGCGCGGUUUUGGAGAACGUGGGCAGUGCGGCGAACAACGCCAAGAUCAAGUGCGGCGCGCGAGAUGAGUUCCGUAAUGCGAAGGGUGCGGCUUUGAAGCCUGAGCUCUUCCGCGCGGCCGGACUGAGGAGUUUCGAAGAGACGGUGCGUAAGAUCCUGCACGGCGAAACUGAGCAGGGUCUCAGUCCCUCGCACGACCGAUUGUUGCGUUUCUGCGUGCAGCACCAAAUCGCUAUCAAUGGACUCAUGCGCCAACAGCUCUCGCUCGGCGUCUCCUCUCUUUCGCCCCUGAUGUACCUCGCGCCCACGCUCGUCUGGUUCGACAAUAAGCGCCACUACUUCCGGAGCCGCGUGCGCCAACUGAAGGAACAGAGCGGCUCGCUGCCCGUGCGCGUGAAUGUGCGUCGUAGCGAUGUGUUUGUGGACACGUUCAACGCGCUGCGUCAUCGCACGGAUCUGCGCGGACGACUCACGGUCGCGUUUGAAGGCGAAGAGGGUGUGGACGCAGGCGGGUUGACUCGCGAAUGGUAUUCGAUCCUGUCGCGGGAAAUCUUUAACCCCAACUACGCACUCUUCCGUCGUGGUGGUGGCAAGUCCGAGUUUAAUCACCCCAACCCGCUGAGCUACGUCUCGCCCGAUCACCUGCAAUUCUUCCACUUCUGCGGCCUCAUCAUUGCCAAGGCACUCUUCGACGGUUACUACCUGGACGCCUACUUUACGCGCCCCUUUUACAAGAUCAUCCUCGGCCGCAAAUUGGUACCCAGCGACGCCGAGUCCAUUGACCCGGAGUUUUACAAGAAUCUGCAGAUGCUGCUGGAUCACUCACUUGAAGACCUGGGACUUGAUGACAUGCGCUUCAUCGCCGAGUCCGACGAAUUCGGCGAAGUCAAAACACAUGAGCUUAAACCCGGCGGCGCCGAGGAACGCGUCACGGACGCGAAUAAACACGAGUACAUUCGACUACUGUGCGAGUUCAAGGUAUUGCACGGCAUCGAACGCCAGAUCAAGUCGUUCCUUAGCGGUUUCUGCUCACUAAUCCCCGAAGACCUGAUCGCCAUUUUCGACGACAAGGAAUUGGAACUCAUGAUCAGCGGCCUACCCAACAUAGACUUGCAGGACCUCAAGGACAGCACGCUGUAUAGCAACUACCGCAUGCGAGACCCGCAAAUAAUAUGGUUUUGGGAGAUCUUAGAGUCGUUCGACCAAAACCAACUGGCCACCUUCCUCCAGUUUACGACCGGCACCUCCAAGGUACCCAUCGGAGGCUUCAAAAACCUCAUGGGCGCCAACGGACCCCAAAAAUUCACUAUCACACGCGCCCACAGCAAAGAUAGGCUACCGGCGGCACACACAUGUUUCAACCAACUGGAUCUACCUGAAUACCAGUCCAAAGAAAUCAUGAAGCAAAAGCUCCUUCAAGCUAUAACAGAAGGACGAGAAGGAUUUGGAUUUGCUUGA